UUGUACAUUCUCGAAGGCAAUCGAUUCGUCUGCCAACAGGACUUUCAAAACGCCACGAAAAGUUCAACACCAUCGUCAACAUCAAAUCGGCCGGUAUCUGCCAGUUCCGGAUGUAAUUCAGACGCUGAAGAAGAGAAUGUAGACGGGUCAGAAGAUGUGCCUGUCGACGAGACCGAAGGCGGUGACGGCGAGGGAAAGGACGACGCUGCGGCUGCGAAACGACGGGGACCGCGGACGACUAUCAAAGCCAAACAGUUGGAGACGUUGAAGAAUGCGUUCGCGUCGACGCCAAAGCCAACACGGCAUAUUCGGGAGCAACUGGCACAGGAAACCGGGCUCAACAUGCGGGUCAUACAGGCCCCUCCCUUGACCAAACAAGGCAAUGCCAUAUUCUUACUGAAACACUUUGAAAUACUUAUCGAAAAACCCCAUGGCACUAAAACUGAGGCCCCUCCCUUGACCAAACAAGGCAAUGCCAUAUUCUUACUGAAAUAA